AUGAAUUUCUGGGAGACUCUGCUCUGUGCUUUCCUUGCCUCCCUUCUCGCUCUCAUACUUGGAGGUCUUCACACGAUUGGAGCAUUUCGCAAGAGGAGACCCAAGGAACCUCCGCUGGAUAAAGGAUUCAUUCCUUGGAUAGGCCAUGGCAUACAAUUCAGGAAGAGUCCUUUGGAGCUUUUACAAAGGAUGCGGAAGAAACAUGGAGACAUAUUCACAGUCUUGGUUGGUGGCAAUUACAUCAAUUUUGUGCUCGACCCACACACUUAUGCACCUCUAAUGAAGGAACCUAAAGAAAAACUGGAUUUUGAAACAUUCACUUCGAUGGUCGUUCAUAAUGCAUUUGGUAUUCAGUCCACACAAGCUUAUCACCACAUUGUCAAAAAAUUUAGCCAGAAAUAUCUCAGCGGCAAGUAUCUCGCUGUCUUGAACCAAAUUAUGAUGGAGAAGUUGCAGCUUGUGAUGCUUAAUAGACAGGAUUUGGGUGAAGGACGAAGAUCUUGGCAGCAGGAAGGACUCUUUCAUUUCAGCUACAAAACCAUUUUCCAAGCUGGUUUUCUCACUCUGUUUGGCACCGAGGCAGAGAAAGAGAGAGAAAGCAAAGGAAAUUCAGUCCAGAGUCAACUUGCACAAUGUGCAGAGCUAUUUGAAUGCUUUAAAAAAUUUGACCAUUUCUUUCCCCAACUGGCUGUCAGUUUGCUGAAUCCUGCAGAGGAGAAGGAGGCCAGGAGAUUACAAAGCAUCUUGUGGGAUAUUCUGUCCAUAGAAAAGCUGUAUCAGAGGGACAACAUCAACAGCUGGGUUGUGGAGCAGGAUCAGCAGAUGGCUAAGAAUGGAAUGCCAGAAAAGAUGAGGACCCAGUUCCUGCUGUUGCUUCUCUGGGCAUCACAGGCUAACACUGGUCCUGCUACAUUCUGGAUUCUUGUGCACCUCUUAAAAGAUCCAGAAGCAAUGAAGGCAGUAAAGGAAGAAGUGGACAGAGUAAUAAAGGAGACCUUUCAGGAGGUGAAGCCCGGCAGCCCCUUCCUCAGUCUGUCUCUGGAUACCAUCAAGAUUCGGGACAGUGCAAUAGAGGAAACACUGCGCUUGAAAGCAAAUUCUUUUCUUCAGAAGUGUCAUGAAAGAACAGAUGUUAAGAUGGGUGAUGGCAGGGAAUACACUUUACGGAAAGGGGAUUCCCUCUUCCCUUUCAUAGCCUUGCAUAUGGAUCCAGAAGUCUACCCGAAUCCUCAGUCAUUCAAAUAUGACAGAUUUAUAAACCCAGAUGGCACCAGAAAAAAAUUCUUUAGGAAUGGAAAACAGCUGAAGAAUCACCUUUUACCAUUUGGUGCAGGAACCAUGGUGUGCCCCGGGCGAUAUUUUGCUGUCAGCGAAAUGAGAAUGUUUGUGAUCCUGAUGCUCAUCUACUUUGACAUGAAACUGGUUAACGCAGAUGAGGAUAUACCACCAAUGGAUGAGGAGCGCUGUGGCUUUGGAAAUGCCAAGCCUUCCCAUGAUAUCCAGUUCAGAUUGCUCUACCUGACAAGGUUGUUGUGAAGAUAAAGUGCAAAAGAGAAGAGUCAUGUAUGCUACCUUGAGCUCAUUUAGUGGAAUGGCAGGAUAGACUGUAGUUAAUAAAUAAAUAC